AUGUCUCUAAAUUCUCGGAUCGGCUUUGACAUUCGCCCAUCACAAUAUAUCUUUGGUCUUCAAGCCGUCCCGCUAGUGGCCAGCGGUAUAUACACACUGCUGUGGCCGGAAAUCGCCGCCAACUAUACAGGCUCUCCCUUACAAGGAUUGGAUCCUGGAACCAUUCAAGCCAUGAGGUAA